CGCCACGACGCACCACAAAGAAUGUGAUAUCAUAAUAUUAUGAUGAUACCGGUAGCCUGGCGGAGAGUUGGCGGUUAGGAAUUUAGGUUUUGCCAUGUGGUAUACAAUACAAGUAUCGUCCUGUCGCGGGUGGUGGGGCAGGUAGAGGGGUGGGCUAAAUCGCUCAACUUCAGGAGGGAAGGGAGGAAGGAUAAAUAGGGGGUUCCAUCUGGGUCGGGGAUGAUGUUGGAAUUCGGCAGCAUUAGCAGCAGCAGCAGCAGCAGCAACAGCGACUAUUCUUAUGGAACGGUUGGGGUAAUAGCAGUUUGUUUGCUGGUGGUGAAAGAGGAGGAUUGGUACUAUAGGAGGGGAGUGGACGACUCUUGGAUUCUAGACGGCGGUAUAAUACGAUAUGCACCAGACAGAUGCAAAUACGAAACAUAAAUCAAAACCUCGUUCGACACCGACACCGCCAACAAUAACUACAACUACAGCAAUGCGGGAUCAUUACCGUUAUCAGAGAUCACCGGGUGCUCAUCAUAUACAUUCUCUCCUCCGACCACCGUCAUCAGUGGUCAUUUGCAACAAGCGAUUUACGCAAUAUUACUCCUCCUACACAUUGAUUCCCAUAGCUAACCCUUUCGUAGCAGAUAUUGCUCCUUUUUCUUUUCACUCUUCCUCUUCUCCCACAUA